UGGAGGGGGAAUGAGGUGGGUGGCUCUCUGCACCAUGAUCCACUGGUACAGCCUGCAUUCGUCUCAGAGAAAGACACAAACCCAAUCCGUAAACACUGAAGCAUCGGACAGGACCCACCUUAUAGAAAAGAAAGCGUUGAUGCUACAAACAUAACCAGAGAUUAAAAACGUCCCGGAUAUAUAGGCUGAGUGCACGUGAUGGAAAGAGCUGGGAUGACUUUGGCGAGGAGGAAAACAGACACUACCGACGCGAGCACUUCUCUUCCAUUCUGACCUCGCUUUACUGGGCUUCGGGGUGCAGACGGACCUGAAGAAACAGAUACACCAAAUAUCUGUCCAGCACAUGGGAUUGCUUUGCAGAGAUAACUGUAUAAUGGGAGUUUGAGCAUUAUCGGACUGUUAUUUUCCUCUCCCUGUCUACGGCCAUGCUCCAGGCAUCUUCAUCCGAUCUGUUCCCUACCUGAGGGACACGAAGGAAAUAGCCUUCUAGUCCUCUAGCCUAUAUUUAGAUUGGGGGAUAUGUCUUGUUUGUCGCAUUGACCUUAAUUGGAUGAUGGGUUUAUUCAUUCAAGGUAGUUCCUAAGGUAUUUGAGCUAAGAGUGAUUUUGGAGGACCUUGCUGCACCUGAACCGGACGUUUCAGGCAUACUGAUUUGUUUAUUUGUUUGUUUAGUGAGCGGAAGGGAAUGAAUUGCUGAAGUUUGUCAUGCACGCGGAUGAUGUGGAAAGCGUUGUUCAGAGCUCGCGCGUAUUGCCCGUCUUUGAACUUGAUGCACAUCUCAUGCACAGCUUUAGUUCUCUUUGUCUUGAAAGAUUCGUGCGUAUAGACUAAUCGUCAGCACUCUCCGGGACAGGCGUGAUGUAAACAAACCAGUGACGCGGCUGUAAACUUGUGUUAUUCGACCAAGCUUCCCUAAUUACACGCGUUCACGUUCAGAUGCUGUGCGAACUUGUCGAUAGUGCGGGACGCGAGUGAGUGAAUCUGAGUGUGAGUGUCCGGGCUCGGUCAUGGGAGCGAAGCAGGCGAAGAGCCCGGAUGAAGCGGGCACCAGCCCUCAAAGCGCGCGCUGCAGGAGGACACCGACGCGCGAGCGCAGUAAUGACGUGCGCGCCUCGCUCGUGCUGCGCGCUGGGGAGAGACUCUCGCGCGCCGGACCUCCGCCUCCAUACCAGCGCCGUGUGGGCAUGAUCCAGGACAUGAUGCUCAUGGCCAAGCAGGGCAAACACGACGAGGCCACAGAGAUCCUCAAAACCCUGCGACAGGAUCUGGGAAUGGAGUCAACCUCCCUGGAUGACGUCCUUUAUCGCUACGCCAGCUUUCGGAACCUGGUGGAUCCCAUUACACACGACCUCAUUAUCAGUUUGGCCAGAUACAUUCAUUGCCCCAAGACGGAGGGCGAUUCUCUGGGGGCGAUGGAGAAGGUGUGCCGUCAGCUGACCUACCACUUGAGUCCACACUCGCAGUGGAGACGCCAGGGCCUGCUGAAGAGGAAACCUCAGGCGUGCCUGAAAGCCAUCCUUUCUAAUCCACCAGCCAAUGGAACGUUAGACCUCUCCGGCUUUCCUCUGGCAGUGAAGGAUAUGGAGCGACUGUGCUCACAUUUACAGCGGCAUGCAUCUCGUGUUUCCAACCUUGAGCUGGGAUUCACAGAGCUCACAGACGAAGCUUUUCUUCUGCUCCUGCCCACGCUGGCCUCACUGCCUCGGCUUGAGACACUGAUACUCAACGGCAACAGGCUGACACGAGCCGUGCUGAAGGAGCUGACGGACACACUGAAGGAACCCGAUCGCUUUCCUAGCAUCACAUGGAUAGACCUUGGAAACAACGUGGAUAUCUUCUCGCUGCCACAGUCAUUCCUGCUGAGCCUGCGUAAGCGCUCCCCCAAGCAGGGCAACCUGCCUACCAUCCUGGAAUUCGGAGAGAGCCAGGCAAGUGAGCCCGACGCCCGUCCAGAUGAGGAUGACACAGACAACACUGACGAUACAAACAAGACGCUGAGCCUGGGCGAGCUCAGGUCCGAGGUAGACUGUGAGAUGGACGGGGAGAUGGAGAUUGAAGAGAUGAUGGAGGAGCUGCUUGAAUUUGAUAGGGAGGUUAGAGGUCCAGAUGAUGAGGACAGUGUGUGGACCAUGGAGGAGCUAAGGGCUGCAAGAAGGCCAUAUGAAAGACAAAAUAGUAUGAAAAAACCAAUUAAGGCUGAAGGUGAGGAGGACACACAUAGCCGGAGCUCACAGCUGUCGUGUUCUAGUCAGUCCCAGGACUCUUCUACAGCUUUCGGGGAUGUGAGAGAGGACACUGGUGUGGAUCAGGUGCCUUGUGUGGCGUCUAUGGCUCAGGUGGUAGAGAGGGUUGUCCACUAAUUGUAGGGUUGGUGCCUCAAUUCAUUUCUCCACAUGCCAAAGUGUCCUUGGGCAGGAAACUGAACCCCAAGUUACAUUGGUGUGUGAGGGUGUGAGUGUGAAUGGGUGAAAUAGAAGUGUAAAGCGCUUUGUAGAACUGCUAAGGUUAAAAAGUGCUAUAUAAGUGCAGACCAUUUGUUCUUUGGGCAACCAGACCUGAGCUCAAUUUAGAAAUAGUAGCCUUUAAACCGCAUUAUACUGUUUACAGGUCACACUAGUAAAAGAUUGAAUGUUGACUCAAUUAAAAGAAACGGACUGUGUGGUUAUAUCAUGAAUAAAAUUAAAACCUAUACCACUUAUGAGGUAUAAGAAUCAUAUAGAGGUAAGAUAAAGGUAAGAUACCCUUUGCAGUUUAUAUGCUUCUCUUUCAGGUAAUACCACUUGUUUAUAUGGUCCUAACAACAAACUUUUACCUAUGUGCCUGUUUGACCCUGUUAAAGAGGAGUGUGUACAGAUGUGUGAUGGUCUGACUGAAACUGGGUGCGCAUGCUUUUCCAGUGCACACAGGGAUUGAGAUAUGGAGAUAAAUUAACCAGCCCGACUUUAUUAGUCUAGCUUGGACAUAUCCUUCUCCGUCUAUGCAUCUGCUUCUACAUCCCAAGCAAGAAAACCUGUUUGCAUGUCCCCAGUGUCAGAACAACCUGUACUUCUGAAGAAAAGCAAGAGGAAACCAAAUAUUUCAAGGAUGCCCUCAGUUCAACUAUAGAAAAUCGUUGUGCUUUAUGAUGGACUUGCACCAAAGACUGAACAAAAUAACAUAAAAAUAAACAUAAAUGUCCCGAUUAUAGUAUAUUGAAAAUAAUCAAACAGUACAGUAUAUUGAAAAGAAUCAAAGCUUUGCUUUUCCUUUUAUACAGACAUUCUAACCUGCUAUAUAAUUGCGAUUUAUUUGGUAUAUUUUCAAUAUAAUUACCCAACCAUUGUAUUAUAGAUUAUUUGUUUGAAAUAUUAAUUUACCAGUUAUGACACAUUUAAAUCUUAUAUUUAUUCACAGAGUAUUUCUUCACCAGCGCAUACUCAUGUACCAGUUAGUCCAAUCUUCAGUAUAUUCAGGUCUUACUCUGUUAUUCUGCUCUUGUACAGAAUUUCUGUAAUAAAUAUCUUAUUUUGUAAGGACCA